UUCUUUUCCUCCCGAAAGAUGGAGUUUGGACCGAAAUGGUUCCGUCUGAUCUACUUGGUGGUUCUGUGUGUCUCUCUCGCCCAGCCAGGAUCCUCCAACACAAAAAAGGCCUCCAAGAUACCACGUUGUCCUGCGACCUGCUCGUGCACCAAAGACAGUGCCUUCUGUGUGGAUACCAAGGCGAUACCAAAGAGCUUCCCACCGGGGAUCAUUUCUCUGACGAUGGUAAACGCAGCAUUUACCACAAUCCCCGAGGGAGCGUUCUCACACCUUCACAUGCUUCAAUUCCUGCUAUUAAACUCCAACACAUUCACCAGGAUUUCUGACGAUGCAUUUGCAGGUCUCUCUCAUCUGCAAUACCUAUUCAUUGAGAAUAAUGACAUCCAGACUCUCUCACAGUAUUCCUUUCGCGGACUGAAAUCUCUGACUCAUUUAUCCCUCUCAAACAACAACCUGCAGCAUCUGCCUAGAGAUCUAGUUCAACAUCUAGAUAUCCUCACAGAUUUGGACCUCAGGGGAAACUCCCUCCGCUGUGACUGUAAAAUCAAGUGGUUAGUGGAUUGGAUAGAAAAGAGCAACACUUCUGUUCCUCCCAUCUACUGUGCCAGCCCGUUUGAAUUCCAGGGACGCAGAAUCCGCGAUCUGGCCCCACGAGACUUUAACUGCAUCAGCGCAGAUUUUGCUGUUUACGAAAUGUUCCCAUUCCACUCUGUGUCAGUGGAGUCUUACGAGUUCAGUGGCGAUCACUUUGUGACCUUUGCUCAACCUGAUUCAGGUUUCUGCACUCUGUACAUGUGGGAUCAUGUCGAGAUGGUCUUUAGGACUUUUCGUAACAUUAGCUCUCACUCAGCCGUGUACUGCAAACCGGUGGUGAUAGACAAGACGCUGUACAUGGUUGUGGCCCAACUUUUUGGUGGAUCUCAUAUCUACAAGUGGGAAGAGGACCCACAGCGUUUUGUGAAGAUCCAAAACAUCGACACAACUCGUGUGAGGAAGCCCAACUUUGUGGAGACCUUCCAGCUGGAUGGCCAAUGGUACUUUGUAGUGGCGGACUGUUCUAAGGCUGGUUCGACCAGCAUUUACCGCUGGAACAGCAACGGUUUUUACUCCCAUCAGUCCCUCCAUCCUUGGCAUCGUGACACCCAUGUGGAGUUCCUGGAAGUCGGAGGAAAGCCUCACCUCAUCCUCUCCAGUGCCACUCAAUCGCCACUGAUCUAUCAGUGGAACCGAGGGCAGAAGCAGUUUGCUUUCUUCUCCCAGAUCACAGAGCAUGCUGACGUGCAGAUGGUUAAACACUUUUGGGUGAGGAAGGUUCUUUACCUUUGCCUCACGCGCUUCAUAGGGGACUCAAAGAUCCUCCGCUGGGAAGGGCAGCGUUUCAUAGAGAUCCAGGCUCUUCCCUCUCGUGGCUCCAUGCUAGUGUAUCCUUUCACAGUAGGCCUGCGUCACUACCUCAUCCUUGGGAGUGAUUUCUCUUUCUCCACAGUCUACUUAUGGGACCAUCUCACUCAGCGCUUCCAUCCCUUCCAAGAACUCAACAUGAGAGCACCGAGAGGCUUCAGUCUGGUGUCGGUCGACAAUAAGGACAUUAUGUUGGCUGCCAGCUUCAAGGGGAACUCUUUGGCCUAUCAGCACCUGCUGGUGGACAUCAGCGCCCAGUAGAAAUACUCAACAUGGGCCCAACUCAUGACAACCAUAGGAAAGGUUGUACACUUCUUUUGUGACAGUUGAUGUUGUUAGUGAUUAAUUCAACAUUUUUGAAGAAAAUGUAUUUUAGGAAUUAUCCCUUCCAAUCUGAAAUGAAUCAUGUUAUAAAUAACGCAGCGCUUUUGUAUACUGUACUGUACUGUACUGUAUAUAGCUUCCUUGUUGUCAUUGCUAGGUACAUUCCUCCAUGUGGCGAUGGAUCAAACGAUACUGACGCGUUACCAAAC